UGGUACAAGGCUGUUGUGAAUAGCCCUGUACAAUGUGACCUCUGUGAUCAUUCACAGAUUUCACACAUAGUAAGCAAUGAUGUCAGAAGUGACAUCUUGCUUACACCUAUUCAUGUGAUCACUGUUUGGCCAAUCAGUGAUCACAUGAUUGGGACCUCAUACAGAGGUCCCGUACAGGGAUCGGAAGACACAGUGGGCACCGGAUCGCAGUGCCGCGUGCUCCCAGGGAGCGCGCAUUGGCUGAAAAUGCGGGCGCCGUUUAUAAACGGCACCCCGCUCCUGCACUGCUCCCGUCCAGCCGUUUUCGUACAUGGGCCGGAUGGGAAGUGGUUAAAC